CAGCUCAAAAACUGUCUAUAAGAUGUAUCUUUAAAAAAUUAUACAUAUUUAUAAACUAUAUUAGUCUAACAUCAGCUCUUUAUCAUAAUAUUGCAAAUAAUUAAAGAUUAAAAUUCGACUGUUCACCGUUGCUGGAAAGAUUUAGAAACUUGCAAAAAAUGCGUCUUUUCUGGUCAAAGGUUCGCUUGAUAAUAUGGAAAAACUUUAUUAUAAGAAGAAGAUCAUUGUUUCGUAACAUAGUUGAAAUUUUAUGGCCUCUUACAAUUUUUUUGAUACUACUCGUUACUCGCAUAGCAAAUCCUGAGGUGUUUGAGCCAAGUGACGUUAAAGGAAACGUUUAUUUCUUUCCGAGAGCACUUCCGUCAGCUGGCAUGCUACCUUUUAUCCAAUCACUGUUUUGCCAUUACAACACUUAUAAAGUUUUUAACAAACCUCAAAAGAUACCAAGCUUUACUCAUUCAAAUUUAUACAAACUUGUUCAAAAUAUUGAGCCUAUUAUUACAAAUGCAUCAGUUUUACAGAAGAUUCAAGAAGCUUUACAGAGCGACCAGAAGCUCCAUAUGCUUUAUGCCAAUAUUACACUGGCUUACAAUAAUAUUCUUAAUGAUUUUACUAAUGACGAAGUAGUAAAAUUAUUUCUGAGUUCACUUCAAAGAAAUGAGAAGAUAGAUUUACACAGUCAACUUGAAAAUUACACUAUUAAUGCUUUACUACAAAGUAAAGUUAAGAUAAAAGAGUUAGGUUUGCAAUACUUUAAUUGGAACAAAGACGAAAAUCGUGAAAAGGAAUCAAAAACCUUUUUUUGCUCCAUAGCUAACUUGUUAAUUUUUCCAAGUUCUUUGAAUAAGAGUAUGAUAACAUCAGACAUCUGUAAGAACUAUAAACAACUAUCAAACACAAUUCAGCUUCUGAAGAAAAAUAAUAGUUUUAUAGCAGCAUUAAUGAAUUUAUCCUUUGUACAAGAUAUCGAAACCACAAUUCUAAAGUUAAGUUACGAAAUUAACCAAGAAUUUUUUCAUUUUCAGGGUAUAUACUCAAGAUUUUUACAUGAGUAUGAGAAAAUUUUUAAUCCAGCCAUUGAAUUUGUAAAUAAUUGGCAUGACAAUCUUUAUUUAAAAUCUUUGAUGUGUAAUGAGAAAUAUACAACUUCAUCUGAAGAGGAAAAAAUUUUAUAUAAAGAGCCUCAUAUGAAACCUUUGGGAAGAGAUUAUGACAAAUCUGUUUGCAAAGUCAAAUUGAAAAGUUUUAUUGAAAGUCUCAAAGUAACAAAUGGCAAUACAGCAAUAGUUGAAUUUUUAAUAUCAUUAUUAAAUGGAAAAAUUUUGUAUACACCAAAUAAUCAAAAAACAAAACUAGUAAUUCAAAGAAUUUCCUCGAUUUUCAGCUAUUUUGCACUGAAACCCAAUAUUAAAGACUUGUUCAAAACUAUACUGAAAGUUGCAAAAGAAAUUUCACCCAUUGAACACAAAAUAUUGAGAGAGAAUGAUUUUAAAAGUUUUAUGGAAAAUUUACUCAGAAACAAGUUUUUGUAUAAUUUAACUAAUCAAAAGCAAUUUGAAAGUUUGUCUAAUGAAAUAUUGAACGCUUCAAAAUCAUCAGAAACAUUUAAAUCAAAAAUUAAGAUCUUUAGCUCCAAUUUGCAAUUGGCAGUUGAAUACUAUGAAAAUCUUGAAAACAUUUUCGAUUGUUACAAUUUAUCAAAUUACUUUGUUUCUUUUGAAAAUGAAGAAGAGUUGGUUAAAUAUUCAAGCAAAUCAUCCAAUAUAUUUCCUAGUAUUGUAUUCUUAAAUCUAUUUGAUGGUGAAGUUUUUCCAAAAAAAGUUGAAUACAAGCUUCGUUUUAAUCCUACUUUUACACCUUCUACAUUGAAAGUAAAAAGCAAUUACUGGAUACCUGGUCCAAACCCAAUACGUCCAAAUCGGUUUUUGCAAUAUGAAUACAUUAGUAAUGGUUUUGUUUUUUUGCAAGACAUUAUCGACCGUGUACUUACAGAAUUAAUAACAAAUAAGACUAUAACUCAGCCAGGCAUUUAUGCUCAACAGUUUCCUUAUCCUCGUUACAUUAUAGACUCGUUUUAUGAUUUGGCAAUGACAAUGCCUUUAUGCAUUACACUUUCUUGGUUAUAUACAUUUUCAAUGAUAGUUAAAAGUAUAGUGCAUGAAAAAGAAUCAAAACUAAAAGAAGUAAUGAAGGUUAUGGGACUAACUGAUUCUAUUCAUUGGACAGCAUGGUUUAUCACAACUUUAAUUUGCAUUACUUUUUCUGCGUUUGCCCUUACCUUUCUAUUAAAAUUUGGAAGAAUCCUUAGCCAUUCUGAUGUAUCUCUCAUUAUAUUUAUUACAAUGAUUUAUGCUAUUUCCAUUAUAUCAAUGGCUUUUUUUGUUAGCAUAUUUUUUUCAAAGACAAAUAUGGCUGCUGCAUGUGGUGGUUUAUUUUAUUUCUUCACCUUUACUCCUUUUGUUUUUUGUGGAUAUAUGUCUGUUGGUGACACAUCAUUUAUUAAGCUUGGUUUGAUGUCUUUGUUUCCCACUUCUGCCUUUGCUCUUGGUUUUAAAUAUAUAUUUAUACAAGAAGACCAGAGUAUUGGUGCUCAAUGGUCAAACUAUUAUUCAAGCCCAUUUCUAAAUGAUACUUUUAAUAUUGGAUGGGUUGUAAAUUUCAUGGUUUUUGAUUUUUUUUUGUAUUCCACAUUAACCAUAUACUUUUUGCAAGUUUUACCAGGAGAGGGAGGAAAGCCUUGGUAUUUUUGUUUUACUAAAUCUUUCUGGUAUCAUAAUUAUACUGAGAUAAAUAAGAAACCUUUUGCAUUAAAAGGCUACGUUAAAAUAAAGAAUUUACCAGAUACAAAUUUGGAUUGCCUUGAAAAUGAAGUUUUCAAGGUAAAUCCUAAAACUUCAGAGAAUUUUGAGGUGGAACCUUAUGAAUUAAAUGUUGGAAUUGAUAUUGUUGACCUUGUUAAGAUCUAUCAACCUUUAAAUAAAUGUGCAGUCAACAAUGUCAGUUUAAAGAUUUAUGAAAACCAAGUAUCAGUUUUACUUGGUCACAAUGGAGCUGGUAAAUCAUCUAUUAUGUCUAUACUAACAGGAGUUUUGCAGCCAACAUCUGGAACAGCUUUUAUAAAUAAUACUAAUAUUUGUACAAACAUUAAAAAAGCCCUCAAGGGUCUGGGCUGGUGUCCACAAAAUAAUGUUUUGUUUGACAAACUAACAGUGGAAGAGCAUAUUUUAUUUUAUGGAGAGUUAAAAGGAUUAGCAAAGCAGAAAAUUUGUUCAGAAGCAGAAAGAUUUUUAACUGAUGUUGGUCUUGAAAAGAAGCGUAAUGAGCUUUCAUGUAACUUAUCUGGUGGUAUGAAAAGAAAACUUUCGAUAGCAUUAGCAUUUAUAGGAAAAUCAAAAGUUAUUAUUCUUGAUGAGCCAACAUCAGGUGUUGACCCUUUUGCAAGAAGAGGGAUCUGGGAUCUCAUAUUAAAGUAUAAAGCUGGUCGAACAAUUCUUCUUUCAACCCAUUAUAUGGAUGAAGCUGAUGCUCUUGGAGAUCGAAUAAGUAUUUUAUCAAAUGGUAAAGUUAAAUGUAGUGGCUCCUCGUUGUUUUUAAAGCAACAUUUUACAAAAGGUUAUCGUUUAACUAUUUUAUUAGAUGAUAGUAAAAAUAAUUUGCAAUCUUCAAAUGAGCUAUUAAAUUUUGUUUCCUCAUUUGUUAAUGGUGCUACUCUUGAAAAAGUUUCCAACUUUGAGUUAACAUUCAGCUUGCCAUCUGAAGCAAAAUCAAGUGGGGGGUUUGAAAACCUGUUUAUUCAUCUAGAAGAAUCAAAGAAUUUACUUGGAAUUCAAAGUUAUGGUCUUGCUGAUUCAUCUAUUGAAGAGGUGUUUUUAAAUGCUUGCUAUGAUGAAAGUCUUAAACCAGAAAAAACAACAGCUAGCUCUGAUGUUAUGGAACCCUUUAAGAUGUCUGAUGACAAGCAUAGCUUUUUAAAUAGACAUGCAAAGUCUUCUAAGCAUCAAUUUAUUAAAAAGCAUCAAAUCAAAUGUGCAUUGUGGAUUAAACAGUAUCAAGCUCUUCUUACUAAGCGGUUCUAUCAUUCAACAAGGAAUGUAAAGGGUGCCAUUUCUGAAAUUCUACUUCCUACAAUAUUUGUUGUUGUAGCAAUAUGUAUUACACUAAUCCAGCCCUGGGAUUCAUUCAAACCAUCAUUAAAGUUAUCAACUGAGAUGUUUUCGAAACCAAAUUACAUUGUUAUUGACACCAAAAAUAGUAACAGAUACUUUGAUAGUAUUAUAAAAUCAUUUGUUGAAUAUCCUGGACAAGAUGGAAAUAACUCAUACUUUGUAAACUUUACAUCUAAUCAAUAUGGAAUAUCAUCUAGUAUUACAAAGAAUAAUAGGGUGAUAAAAUCAGCAACAUCAACAUAUUGCACAGACACAGAAAGAAAAUGUGAUAAUCUAACUUUUUUGAAUAUUGGAACUGGUGAUACAAUCGUUAAUAUAACUGGUUACAGCAUGAAUGAUUAUUUGAUUUCUACUAUGCCUAAGUUCAUAAAUCAUAGAUUUGGAGGGUUAUCUUUUGAGGAAAUAAAGGAUUAUCCAUGCAGUUCACUAUUGAAUAUUACUUGUGAGAAUAUUUUUCACAUUCCUCAAAACAUCAUUAAGGUGUGGUACAAUUUGAAAGGCUAUCAUGCUCUUCCAGUAUAUUUAAAUUCCAUUAAUAAUGCUAUUCUGCGAGCCAACAUUCCUGCAUCUGAUGAUCCUUCACAAUAUGGGAUCAUUACAUAUAAUCAUCCCAUAAAUUUAAAAAUCUUUUCAAAUCAAGAAAUUUUAUCAAAAUCAAUAAUAACUUUGCUUGUACCAUUAUUUGUAAUCGUAGCAACAUCAUUUGUUCCAGCAAGUUUUCUUGUUUACUUAGUGGAAGAUCGUGCAAGCAAGUUUAAACACCUGCAGAUUAUAAAUGGAUUGAAUCCUGUUAUAUAUUGGAUAGCUAAUUUUACAUGGGACAUGAUAAGUUUUUUGUUGCCUGUUGUUUGUGCUCUGGCUGUUUUUUUUAUUUUCGAUCAAAAAGCUUAUAUUUCGUCACAGAACUUACCAGCUACAUUACUCUUAUUUAUUUUGUACGGGUGGUCUAUUAUACCAAUGAUGUAUCCAAUGUCGUUUGUGUUUAAUGUACCAAGCAAUGCAUACAUUGUGAUGAUAAUUGCAAACUUAUUUAUUGGUGUAAUUGGAACUAUUGCAACAUUUAUAUUUGAUAUUAUUGAUACUGAGAUAACACUUAUUAUCAAUCAAUAUUUUAAAAAUAUUCUAUUGAUAUUUCCUAAUUAUUGUCUGGGAAGAGGUAUUAUGGAUCUAGGCAUAAAUGAAAAUACAGCUGAGUUGGAAAAAUCGUUUGGUAUAAAUUCUUUCAGAGAUCCAUUUUCAUGGGACAUAACUGGGCGAAAUUUAAUUGCAAUGAGUAUAACUGGUGUUAUUUAUCUUAUGUUUACAUUAUUGUGUCAAUUCAAUUUUUUUACAAAACCUUGGACCUACAAUGUCAAAAUAGAUUCUCUGCGAUCAGAUAUAAAUGAUGAUGUUAUGAAAGAAGAAAUGCGUGUCACUAAAGAAGGAAGUUUAGGAAAAUGUUUUGCGUUAAGAACUUCACAUCUUUCUAAGAUAUACAAAGGGAGAAAAAACUUGAAAACUCUUGCUGUCAACCAAAUAUCUUUUGGUGUUGAACAUGGAGAGUGUUUUGGUUUACUUGGUGUAAAUGGAGCAGGAAAGUCAAGCACAUUUAAUAUGCUUACUGGAGACACUCCCAUAACAGAUGGUGAUGCAUUUGUUGAUAAUUAUAGUAUUCGAAAUAACUUGGCAGAUGUAUAUCAUACUAUCGGAUAUUGUCCUCAAACUGAUGCUUUUGAUGAGCUGCUUACUGCUAAAGAAUUAUUUAUUUACUUUUCUCGACUUCGUGGGUUUAAUAAAUCACAAAGCAAAAAAAUAGCAAAUUGGGCACUUAAUAAAUUGGGGUUGUUUGAGUAUAAAAACCAAAAAUGUUGUGAAUACAGUGGAGGAAACAAGAGAAAGGUUUCAACUGGACUUGCACUUAUUGGAUCGCCAUCUUUAAUUUUUUUAGAUGAACCAACAACUGGUAUGGAUCCAGGGUCAAGAAGAUUUUUAUGGGAUGUAAUUAUUUCUUUAAUAAAUAAUGGAAAGUCUGUUGUACUCACAUCUCAUAGCAUGGAAGAAUGUGAAACCCUGUGUUCUAGAAUUGCUAUCAUGGUGAAUGGUGAGUUUAAAUGCUUGGGUACCCCUCAACAUCUUAAAAACAAAUAUGGUUUAGAAUACAUCAUUUUAAUUCGCUGCAGUUCCCAUUUAUUUGUUGAUGUUGAAGAUUUUAUGAAAUCAAACCUACUGGAUGCAAAACUAAAAUUUUGUCGACAUAAUGUUAUGGAGUAUUGCUAUCCAAGCUGUGGUAUAAAUUUGUCUCAGUUGUUUAACAAAUUAGAGUUGCUCAAAAAAACACUAUUUAUUGAUGAAUACUCGCUUUCACAAAGUACUCUUGAUCAGGUAUUUGUUAACUUCGCUCGAUCACAAGUUGAACUUACGGAUUAUGAUAAAAAAGUGUUCUCUGUGUCCUUAAAUAUAAACGACGACGAUGAUGAUUUUCAAAACGGAGUUAUAAAUGAAAAAUCUAGCUUUUUGGUUUAAAAUCAUUGUAGAUUUUUGUGUCAUUACUUCUCGUUAUUUAUUAAGAUUUAUUGCUACAAACAACUUUACUUAAGAGUUAAAAUAUUUUUUAUUUAAAAAUAAAGCAAUAUAUUUUAUUUUA